AUGAGCAAUAGGGGACGCCCAAUAGAUCAGACGAGAGGACCGCGAGAGGCACAGGACUGCAGUCGUCGGGGACAACACAGACGACAACAGACAGAUCAUCUAGCACGGCGUCGGGGGGGGGGUCCGCAGAAUAAUAUGGUUUCGGAAGAGGGAAGCAUCACACCACUACCGAAUGCUACAGAGGUCUAUAUCAAUCCUAUCCUUCAUAGUGAGUACGGGACACCAGAGUCGAUAACCUCACAGCCGAACAGGGACUAUUGGUCGUCAACAGAAUCACAGCAAUAG